UAAUUCCAGCCAUAUCCGCCCGAUUAUUCUCUAGAGGAGCAUUCCUAGGGUUUUGUGUUCUGCUUCAAUCCGGCGACGAUGGUUUUGGCUCCUUCGCGGGUGGAGGUGCUCUCGCUGUUCCGCUCGCUCCUCCGCACGGCGAGCAAGUUCGCAGACUACAACAUACGAGAAUACGCUAAGAGGCGGACGAUUGACGGGUUCCGCGACAACCGCGGACUUUCUGACCCGUCUUCGGUCGCCUUGGCCUUCGCCGACGGGAAGUCUCAGUUCGAGGUCGUGAAGAGGCAGGUGACUGUUUACUCUCUCUACGCCCCCAAAGUAAAGAGCGUCAUGGAGGUGACGAGCCUGUGAUGUACCUAGUUCGA